AUGGGGAAAAGGCCAGCCCCGUCACUAAAGGGCACUGACGGCGGCACUAUUAUAAGACCCUCGCAAGGCGCUAUGCAGUAUGGAGAUACUGACGAUUUCGGACCAACAUAUUGCACAGCCUUUGUGCAGGAUGAGGAGUGUAGGAUUUUGGUCGAUACCGGAUCCUCAGUAACGAUAAUGUCAGAAAGGUUUUUCAAUAAAAUAAGAGAAAAGGUGAAGGAUAGGAUACAGCAGACGACGCAAGUACCAUAUAAAAUUCAAGGAGUAACAGGACACAUGAACAGACCAAUAGCAGAAGUACAACACAUCCCAUUGAGAUUUGACAAAAGAAGCGGAAUUUGGAACCUAAAUGCAGGCAUA